AGUAUGUUAAUUAGCUUCAAGGAACCUUACUCGUGAUAAGCAAACGAGAUGAAGACGUUCAUGAAUGGGAAAAUCUGGCAGUGGGCAAACGCCACUAGCUCCGUCGCGGGGACGUUCGCACAGUGGAUGACGGUGUCGGACGAUGGCCUCGUUGUCUCCGUGGGCUCUGGUGCUCCCCCUCCGGCCGACGAGACAGAGGAUCUCCAUGGUGCGUUGGUGUUGCCUGGACUGCACGACUCGCACAUUCACGUCGCGAUGCUGGGGGAGAGCGCCGAGUGGCUCGAUCUUUCGGGUUGUACGUCCUACGAGGAGUUCGCAGAGCGCCUUAAGAAAUACGACGCCCAAUACCCGGACAAGGCCUGGGUCGUGGGCAUCGGCUGGGCUCAAGACGAGCUCUCCAGCGACGCUCGAUACCCAAGUCGACACGACAUUGACGCCGUGAUCAGGGACCGACCCGUAAUUCUACAUCGCGCGUGUUGGCACAUCGCAGUGGUGAAUACAAAGGCGCUCGAGAUUGCAGGAGUGGACGUGAACGCUAAGAAUCAUGACGUAAAACAUGGGGCGAUCGAUGUGGACGAGAAGGGAGCGACGGGCAUAUUGAGAGAAGAUGCGGUGCAGAUAGUGGAGAAGCACGCGAAUGAGCCAUCGCUGGAUCUGCGUGUGAAGUAUUUCAGGAACGCGUUGACGAGAUGUGUGCAUUCGGGACUGACUGCAGUGCACACGAACGACGAGGAUGCGUGGCAUGUGUAUAGCAAGCUCCAAAAGGAGGAAAGUCUGCCAGUUCGUGUGUACCUGACACCAUCGAUUUAUGAGCUGGGUAAACCCUCGACACCGAAGCCUGGGGCAAGCGAUGGACUUGUGUCGGUCCACCGCAUGAAGAUUUUCAGCGACGGGAGUCUUGGAGCGGAAACAGCGGCUCUGCGUGCUCCGUACAAAGGCACGUCUAACAAGGGAAUACUCAUGAACUCCGAUGAGGAUCUCGUCAAGAAAAUUAGCGAUGCGAACGAGGCAGGCUAUCGUGUCGAAAUCCACGCCAUCGGUGACCGUGCGGCGGAGCAAGUUCUAAUGGCUCUCAAGUCGGCCAACGUGGGUCCGGAGAAACGGCCAAUUCUCACGCACUGUCAGAUUCUUGGUGAAGAUCUGAUUGCCCAGAUGCGAGAGCAAGGUGUCAUUGGCAACGUCCAACCCUCAUUCACGGUGACUGACGCUCUCUACGUCCGCAAGCGGUUGCAAGACGAUGUCAUCCCGUUUUUCGUACUGCUGGAAGCGUAUGCUGGACAAUGGUGUCACCUGUGCUGGAGGAAGCGAUGCUCCCAUCGAGACUUGCAAUCCUUUCCAAGGUAUUUAUGACGCUAUCUACCGCCACAAACCCAAUCGACCCGAGGAUGUAUUCUUACCGGAGGAGCAGCUAUCGUUCCAUGAAGCUCUUGCACUGUACACGAAAGUUGGUGCUUUUGCAGCGAUGCAAGACAAUGUUCUUGGCCAGAUCUCACCAGGUUUCUAUGCCGAUUUCGUGGUUCUUCGCAAGGAUGUGAGUGAAGAUCAUGCGGCACUUGUGAUGCCUGACCUUGUGGAGGGUGUUUGGGUGGCUGGCAAAAAGACGUACCAGUAUGACCCAACAUCGAUUGUGUUGGAAGGUGGUGAGCAUGACCUCAGCAAGAGCCUCUUGCCAGGCAAGAAUGGCCCUUCGCGUGUAUGCCGAUGCUGUAGGAGAUAGACCGGUAAAAUUCAGAGACCAACCGGACCCUUCGUAGACAUGAGUUGGAUAUCGUCUUGAAUUGUGCGCUAGCGUCGACAUAGAAUUUAUUUGUAUGCCUUGAAUGAUGGAGCUCGCGUCGCGUAAUAGCCAAAGCGAAUCGCGCGGGGUACCUUCGAAGCUGGAUUGGCCAGUAUUUGCGAAGGCAAGUCCAGCAAUGAGAUCCGCUUUGAGCCUCGCAUUGCACAGGCCAGUUGAGAGAACCAUUAUUUUAAAAGAGGUUCGAACAUUUCUAACACCUU